AUGUCACAACAGCAACCACCGGCGCAGGCACAACCAGCGGGACAGAGGCCGUCUGUCGUUGGCGAGGACAUUCCCUCCGCCCCUUACCCCGUCAACCUGAAGGGCAUAGUCUCGGCAGGUUUUGGACGCGGAAGCAAGGAGCUGGGCAUUCCAACAGCCAAUCUACCAGAGAAUGUCGCGGAAGACUUUGGCAAAAUUGUCGACACCGGAAUCUAUUAUGGCUGGGCGUCUGUUGGCGGUGAGGAGACGGCGAAAGACGUGUACCCCAUGGUUAUGAGCUUCGGGUGGAACCCGUAUUACAAGAACCAGAAGCGGUCGGCGGAGGUGCACAUCAUCCACCAAUACGAUCGCGACUUUUACAACGAAGAGCUCCGGGUCAUUGUCACAGGUUACAUCCGGGCAGAGAAGAACUACGAAUCUUUAGACGCGUUGAUAGACGACAUUCACACCGAUAUUAGAGUCGCUCAGAAUUCCUUGGAACGACCAGCAUACAAAGCAUUGGGCUCGAGUCCCUUUCUCACAAACCAAAAAUGA